AUCAGAUCAAAGAGACAGGGAGAGAGAGAGAGAGAGAGAGAGAGAGAGGCUUAGUCAGAGUGUAAUUAAACAGACACGCGCAGAUCACAGCGCUUUAUUGGAAUGACAGACAACGAUUCAAGUGUUAGCAUAUAUACGUACACGUGCAUGUUUAUAUAUAUAUAUAUUAUGUGUAUAAAGGUGAGCGGGUGUCUGACCUUUGUUCAGUCACGUGACUAAGGAGCAACAUGAAGUUUGUGAAUCUUUUUGGACGUUUAAAGUCAAACGUUAUUGGAAUGAUUCAUGUUGGAGCGCUACCAGGCAGUCCGCUGAAUAAAGCUCCUCUUCCUGCGAUUGUGGAGGCGGCCUGCAGAGAGGCAGAGGAAUACACGCAGGCUGGAGUGGACGGCUUGAUCAUUGAGAACAUGCAUGAUGUUCCGUACGUGUUUGGCGUUGGUCCGGAGGUUUGUGCGUGUAUGACGGCUGUGUGUGCUGCAGUGAGACAGCUCUGUCCAUCUCUGCCCAUAGGAGUCCAGAUCCUGUCUGCUGCAAACCGGCCUGCUCUGGCUACUGCACUGGCCUCAGGGCUCGACUUUAUCCGAGCGGAGGGCUUCGUGUUUUCUCAUGUAGCUGAUGAAGGCCUCCUGGACGCGUGUGCUGGUGAACUCCUGCGCUAUCGCAGAAACAUUGGAGCAGAACACGUACAGAUAUUCACCGACAUUAAGAAGAAACACAGUGCUCAUGCUCUCACAGCAGAUGUUAGCAUAGCUGAAACGGCGCGAGCGGCUGAGUUUUUCCUUUCGGACGGGCUGAUCGUCACCGGUUUGGCUACGGGGGUCCAGGCUGAUCCUAAAGAGCUGAAAGAGGUUGCCAAAUCUGUAAAACUCCCUGUCCUGGUUGGUUCUGGAGUGACUUACGACAACGUGGAGCAUUAUCUGGACGCAAACGCCCUGAUCAUCGGCUCCCACUUCAAGAAGGAUGGCCGCUGGGAGAACGAUGUGGAUCCAGACAGAGUGAAGAGGUUCAUGGAGAAGAUGCACCAACUUCGGAAGUGAUGAGAUUUACUGCGAUUCAUUGAGAUUUAUUGUGCUAACAGAAUAUUUAAAGGGCCCAUAUCAUGGAAAACAGAACUUUUAUGAAAUGAGAGUAAACGAUGAUGUAAACACUGUUAAAGUUUCAAAACAUGCACAGCCUGUUUUGAAUGUAUUUUUUUGUGAUGUCACAUAAACAACACAUGCACAUAUAUCUGCCUAUUCAGCUGACAGCAGUUUAGCUCCGUCCAUUCAUGCUGAAGUUAUGAGUGUUUCAGCCUAGACUGCUUUUUGAGCAAGGGCAGCCAAUGACAACAGAGCUCAUUUACAUAAAUCAGUCUUAAAGGUACAGUAACCAAAACAGCCUUCUUAAUUGUAAAGGAUGAAAAGAGGUUGAAUGAAUGUUUUUAGAUUCAUAAACUCACACAAACGUUAUACACUGAUCAGACAUAACAUUCUGACCACCUCCUUGUUUCUACACUCAUUGUCCAUUUUAUCAGCUCCACUUACU